AUUUUUAUUUAUUUCUGAAGUCACGAAAAAGUUUUAGAAGCCAUUACGGUGAAUGGCGAGUUGGUAGGAAAGGAAAGAUUUGCUCCAAUCAUUCAGGGUCUUAGAGCCAAAGAUAAUGAUGGAUUAAGGGUUGCCUGUAUACAACUUAUUAAUGCUCUCCUUAGUUCACCGGAUGAUUUAGAUUUCAGAUUACACUUAAGGAAUGAAUUCAUGCGUUCCGGUCUUGCAGAUGUCUUGGAGAAUUUUCAAGGCGAAGAAAGUAAGAAUCAAGAAUUAAGUAUUCAGUUGAAAGUAUUUCAAGAUCAUAAAGAAGAGGAUUUUGAUGAAUUUUCUCAGAGAUAUGAUAAUGUUCGUCUAGAGUUUGAUGAUCCCAUCGAAUGCUUCGAACUGAUUAAACAGACCGUCAUGGAGACUUCUGCAGAACCUUAUUUUCUGUCUAUUCUCCAACAUCUUCUAUGUAUCAGAGAUGAUGUCACAGUGAGGCCCGCCUACUACAAAUUAAUUGAAGAAUGCAUUUCGCAGAUAGUUCUACAUAAAAGUGGAGUAGAUCCAGAUUUCAGACAUACAAAACGAUUCAAAAUAGAUGUAGAACCUUUAAUAGAGAAUUUAGUUGAGAAAUCUAAACUAGAAGAAGUGCGGGCCACAGGUGAAUUGACAAAAAAGUUGGAAGAGGCACUGACGGCCAAAGAGGAGUUCGAAGCCAAACUUGCUCAAGCUGAGAUAAGGCUAAAAGAAUAUGAAACUGGAAAAAUACCUGUGUCAUCGUCUUUACCGGGAUCCAUCCCGCCUCCUCCACCUCCACCUCCGCCGCCUCCUUUUGGUGGAAGCGGAGCCAUUCCUCCACCUCCUCCACCUCCGCCACCACUGUUUGGUGGACCUGGAGGCAUUCCUCCUCCACCACCACUUCCCGGUUCUGGAAUACCCCCGCCUCCACCUCCUCCUCCUGGAAGCGGAACCAUUCCUCCACCUCCUCCACCUCCGCCACCACCGUUUGGUGGACCUGGAGGCAUUCCUCCUCCACCACCACUUCCCGGUUCUGGAAUACCCCCGCCUCCACCUCCUCCUCCUGGAUCGGGAUUUAUUCCUCCUCCUCCACCACCUUUUCCCGGUGCACCCCUACCACCACCAAUGCCGUCACUUUCCACAGAAAGGAAACUGCCUUACAACUUGCAACCCAAACAAAAAUAUGAAUUAGAUACCCAAAUAAAGCGCAUAAAUUGGGAUCCGAUUGAUGUACAGAAGCUUACAGAGAAAGCAUUUUGGGUGAAAGUCCAAGAAGAAAAAUUAGCCAGUGAAGAUAUUUUUGAUGAAAUUUCAUGUAGAUUUUCUUCGGUUCCAAGAAUCAAAAAUGAUGAGAAACCAAAGGAGAAAAAAGUAUCUAAAAAAAUUAAGGAACUUAAAGUUCUUGAUGCAAAAUCCGCUCAGAACUUAAUGAUAUUGUUAGGUUCGGUCAAAAUGUCAUCAGAAGAAAUGAAGGAAUACAUAAUAACCAUGAAUGAAGAACACAUCACUGAAGCCAUGUUGCAGCAACUAAUACGUUACAUGCCAGAACCUGACCAGUUGAAAAAACUGGAAAAAUUUGGGGACCAAUUUAAUGAUCUGGCGGAGGCAGAACAGUUUGCCAUUACGCUUGGAAGCAUAAAGAGAUUGGUGCCGAGACUGAAAUCUCUGAGUUUCAAAUUAAAGUAUUCUGAAUUAGUACAAGAUAUCAAACCUGAUGUGGUGGCUGCCACAGCUGCUUGUGAAGAAGUCAAAAACAGUAAAAAGUUCUCUAGAAUUCUAGAAUUGGUAUUACUAAUUGGAAAUUAUAUGAAUUCUGGAUCUAGGAAAGGACAAGCUUUUGGCUUUCAGAUAAAUUUCCUUACAAAGAUAAAAAAUACGAAGGCGUCGGAUGGGAAGACCACCCUGAUGCACUUCCUGGCCCAGAUCGUGGAAAACAAAUAUCCCGACAUACUUAAUUUCUCGGAAGAGCUGAUACACGUCGACCACGCAGCCAGAGUUUCUCCCAAUCAGCUGCAGACAAAUCUCAACCACAUUAAAAAGUCGAUCAGGGAACUCGAUACCGAUUUGAAAAACUUCCGUCCGCAGAGUGAAAACGAUAAAUUUAGCGAAGUCAUGACUUCUUUUGUUUCCCAGGCAUCAACACAGUAUGAAGUCUUGCAAAAUAUGUUUAAGAAGAUGGAAAAAUUAUACGAGGAACUGGCAGAAUUCUUUGUGUUCGAUACUAAGAAGUAUUCACUGGAUGAUUUCUUUGGCGACAUCAAAACUUUCAAAGACACUUUUCAGGAAGCCUACAAAGACAAUGUGAAGAUGCGUGAGGCCGAAGAAAAGAUAAGACGGGCGAAAGAGGCAAAGGAGAAGGCCGAAAAGGAGAAGCAGGAAAGGCUGGCCAAGAAAAAGCAACUGGUCGACAUCAGUUCGGGAGAAGAUCAAGAAGGUGUCAUGGAUAGUCUGUUGGAAGCUCUGAAGACGGGCUCUGCGUUUUCGCACAAGCCGAGGAAAAAGGCACCGCGUGCUGCGGGAGCGGAACGAAGAGCCCAGCUGUCACGGAGCCGAUCGAGGAGCAACAUUCUUGCCAGGCACAGCAGUAGAGAAAACGUUCACGUCAACCUUGAUGGAAGGGAAAGAUAGAUAUUGCUUGAUUAGGUAAAAUCUGUAAUUAAUUGUAGAGUGAGAACCGGAAGCCAAUUUCUCACUUUAGCAAGCACCAUUCCUUACGAAAAGUUUUGUAAACAAACAACACUUUUCGGCAUUUCUGUGAUUUACAAAGUAUAGUUUUUAUAUUUCUGGAAUUAGAUAUAUAUAUAUAAUGACACAUAUAUAUAUUACGAAAGAACUAUUUCCAGAUCCAUCAUCGAUGAGAAUGUUUUAGUUCUCUAAAAAAUUGAAUCAACACGUCAUUACUUCUAAAUGUAAGCAACUUCCCGUAACCAUUGUAACAUCCGCAUACAAAUGUCAGAUUGCAUAUUUAAUAUGUCAAAAUUUCUGCGUGAUAAUUUGACUGCUGGUCAGUUGCACACGAGCAUCUUCCUGGUUGCGAGGAAGAGUGGCUGCAAACGUGAUGAUGUAUCGAGGAGUCGCCAACGUGCGACUAUCAAGAGACCGACUGUCAGAGACAGUGAAGUUGUAAAUAUUAGGUUCAAUAUAAUAUUUUUGUAACGAUCUCUAGAUUUCUUAUAUAUAAUUAAUAUGCUUAUUUUGUUUUAAUAUUAUUAUGCCAGACAAUUAUGUGCCAAGUUCAUUAAUGCAGUCACAUCUCAUUGUAAAUAGUUGUAUAAUAUAUUUUGAAAUAUAAUCUAUAGAUAUAUAAAGGCACCAUAUCAAAAUUAUAUAUUUUUGAAGGAAAAAAAUCCAUUCCAUCCAUUCAUUAUAAUGUUCCAAAUAACAAGACUGCCAUCGUUCUAUGCGAAGCAGGAUCGACUUAAGAAUUCUAAGAGACUGCAAACGUAUUCGUCUUUGCAAUGCGGAAUCUAUUUACGAGCUGCCAUUUCCUCUGUACAUUAAACUAUGUAGUUUAUUCUGUUGUGGGCAUCAUGCGGCAAUAAUUGCUCUUACAGAAAAUUUUAUAUCCAUGUAAAGUAUUUUAUACAAAGUUCUCAAAGCAUCAAAGUUACUUAUGUAAUUAAUUACAUUAAAUGCAAUAUUUUGCUACCGACAAAUCUUUAUCGAUGUUAAGCGAUCGCGUCCGUCUAAAGAAAUUGUAUCCGAAUAGUUUAUUUCGAAGGGCGACUUGACAAUGCUACACGCGGUUAAUUCGUUGCUUGUCGGAAAGAUUUGUGCAGAAGUGUUAAGAAAUCUAAAUAAAAUCUGAGUAUAUUGUAGUCUUCUGCUUUAUUGUUUGGUAAGUUACAUUAUAUGUAAUAAAUAUUUAAUUAAGAAA